GGACCCACGUUCCAUAACGUCAUUUUCCCGCGACGCACGGGCUAUUUCCAUUUCCCCCCAUGCGUCAGUAGUGUGCUGAUAUGUGUGAAUUUUGUCAGAGCUGUUCAACAUAGAUACAUAGCUGUUCGUAACCUGCGUGUUUAACUGGUUUCACACACCGAAUCGAAAAUAUAUAUUAAAGGCUAUAAUGGCGUCCAAACGACAACCGGAUGAGAGUGUGAAAACAGACAAGAAGAAGAAGAUGAAGACGACUUGUGAAGAAACAGCUGAACUUUGUUCAGUUGUGGAAGACGAGCAGGUGAAGAAGACUGUGAAGGAGGCGUGGAGCCAAAGGAGUGCCUGCAGACAGGGGGAUCUGGAGUUGGACUGCCACCCUUUCCCUCACUGCAUCAUCAAGAACUUCCUCAGCAGCGAGACCUUCGUGGAGAACCUCCGGAGAGAACUGCUGGAGCUCAACUUCCACGAGAAGUCAAACGAUCUGUACAAAUUUAAACAGUCGGAUGACUUGAGGAAGAGAACAGAGCCACAUAUCGCAGGACUGAGGGCAGCACUGUUUGGGCGUUUCCGCUCCUGGCUCGGGGAAGUGUUGGGGGUUGAACUGGAGCCCACAGUGGAUAUUUCUUGUGCAAAAUAUGAAUACACAGAUGUUCUUUUGUGUCAUGAUGAUGAAUUGGAGGGGAGGCGCAUUGCUUUCAUCCUGUAUCUCGUGCCUCCGUGGCAGAGCAGCGACGGGGGAACCCUCGAUCUUUACACAACAGACAGUAAUUUCCAACCGCAGAGUAUAGUGAAGUCGCUCAUACCCUCUUUGAGCACGCUCGUCCUCUUUGAAGUUUCUCCAGUCUCCUUUCACCAAGUGUCAGAGGUUUUGACACAGGACAAGUGUCGUCUGUCUCUGAGCGGCUGGUUUCACGGGCCGUCUUUAGAGCGUCCUCCUCGCCACAUAGAGCCGCCCGUCCCACGGAGCCCACACUUACCGAGAGAUGAAACAUUGCUGCUGGAGUGGGUCAAUCCAGUGUACCUGGACAUCUCCUACCAAGAGCAGAUUCAGGAGGAGUUUGAGGACAGCUCUGAAAUUCAGCUCAAAGAUUUUCUCAAGGAGGAGAAGUUCAGGGAGGUGAGGGAAGCACUGCAACUCAAUCAGAUUCAGUGGACGAGGAGAGGUCCGCCUAAUAAGAGAUGCUAUGAAGCAGCCUCUCUGGAUACUCUGCCUCAGUGUGUGAGUGCAUGUUGGGAGCUGCUUCGUUCAGAGGCUUUCUUCCUGCUUCUCUCCAACUUCACCGGCCUUCGAUUGCACUACCUGUGUCCUGCUGAUGAUGACAAUGACAAUAAAGACGAGGAGAAAGAGGACGUACUCUACGGAAAGGCCAUGGGGUCUUCGACCGAAUCACCAUCAGCAAAUACGAGCAGAGAGAAAGAGCCAAGCACACCUGUGUGUUGUGGUGAACUGCGUCGAUGGUCUCAUGGCGGCUACACUCUGUUGCAUGAUGCAGAAGCAGCGCGGGCAGAGUACGCUCUGGACCUUGUUUUACCUUUUUGCGGUGCGGACUGGCAGUCAGAGUUUGGGGGCUUCACGUGUUAUGUUGCUAAUGAAGAGGAUGAGGAGCUCCUGACAGUGUAUCCAGAGGAUAAUUCCCUCGCCCUUGUCUACAGAGACAAAGAAACCCUCAAAUUUGUCAAACAUGUCAACCACAAAAGCUCCUCUGGUUCUGCUAACAGUUUUUAUGACUUCUCUUUUGUGUACUAUGAAUAAAUAUAUAUAUAUAUA